AAGUAAAGCUGCUUAACUUUGGGAUAUGUUUAGUUGGUGGAUCAUUAGCUCUCUCUACAGUAAAAUGAUUCACCCUAAUUUAUGAAGCAGUUAUGUAGCAGCUAUACAGAAUAAUAAGCACACAAUUAUUUGGACGUUAAUGACAAAACUGAAACAUACUCUUUUUAAAUUUGCGUUGCCAAAAUACAUGCAAUGCACAUUCAUUGCUGGUAAAGUGGUAUUUAUUUUUGGAACUGACAGGAACCACUAUUCGCGGGGAGGCGGUUUCUAGCCGGAUGUAUUUUGCGUGGGAACGCGAACAUGGCGAUCCACUGUAGCAGAACAUGCCUACAAUAUUUGAUACAUUUGGCCCACGACAAUGUUGACUUCAGGCUACCGGAGAUUAGGGCGCUGCUGUCACUCAGGGGCAAACCGUUUGAUCCAGGUGAAAACUUCAAAGAAAAGUCUCCAUUCUGGCGCCUGAAUGGCUUGUCAGAGGAAGAUGUCAACAGCAUCAUGGCCAGAACUGUUUGUGCAAAGUCUGCAUUUGAGCUGUGGGGUCAUGGCAGAACGCACAGUGAACUCAGGAACUCGCUCUUGAAAUAUCCAACAGAGAACAUGUCACCCUUCCUACAAAAAGACUCCACAUACAAAAUCAAUGUCUACACUUUCAACAAGACUCUAGAGUUCGAAGAUAGAAUUAAGAAGAUAGAUGCAAUGGAAUAUCUCUCCUUCGAGGGAAGGGUCAAUCUAAGGAACCCUAAACACAUCUUCUGUCUUUUGGAGGACUAUGGAACUGACCCUAACGACAUCCCAGACGAGCCUCUCUACAUCUACUUUGGGAGAUGGAUUGCAGAUGGCCAGCGUGAGUUGAUUCGCUCUCACAGUGUGAAGAACAGGCACUUCAUAGGUAACACCAGUAUGGAUGCUGGGUUGUCUUUUAUCAUGGCCAACCAUGCUAGGGUCAAAGCUUACGACCUGGUCUACGACCCCUUCGUUGGGACUGGUAGCCUCCUGGUUGCAUGCUCUCAUUUUGGUGCAUAUGUCUGUGGAACAGAUAUUGAUUACAACACCAUCCAUGGGAUAGGCAAAGCGAGUCGUAAGAACCAGAAGUGGAGGGGUCCAGAUGAGAACAUCAGAGCCAACCUGCGUCAGUACGGCUCAGAGAAGCUGUAUGUGGACGUCCUUGUGUCUGACGCCUCCAAGCCUAUCUGGAGGGACGGAGUGCUCUUUGACGCCAUCAUCACUGACCCCCCCUAUGGGAUUCGGGAGUCAACCAGGAGAACAGGCUCUCAGAAGGACAGUGUAAACAGUGUGAAGCCAUCUGAAGACUAUGUUGGAGACAGCCAUGUCCCCGUUUCCAUGGCCUACCACCUGAGUGACAUCUUCACUGACCUGUUAAACUUCUCAGCUCACCACCUGGUCAUCGGGGGGCGGCUAGUCUACUGGCUACCAAUCUACAGGCCAGAGUACUGUGAAGAGAUGGUGCCCCUGAAUGCCUGUCUCAGACUGGUCAGUAACUGUGAACAGACCCUUUCCAGCCACACCUCCAGACGUCUCAUCACCAUGGAGAAGAUCAAGGAACCAGAGGAGACAGAUGCGCUGGCCCACCUGUCAGACCCUCACUUUAGCCCGUACCAAGGCCACAACGCCUUCAGGGAAAAGUACUUCAGCGGCAUCAGCAAGAGGACAUUGACAGGAAAGGAGGAGACCAACAAGAUGGCCACCAACGGUGGGGAGUAAUGUAAGGAUCACACGAUGGCCCAAUUCCAAAUGGACCCCUAAGCCAGUAUGCAAUUGUGGAGAGGAUUUCACCGGUGCAAUCGAUAUGGUAAUAACUCCACCUUGCUGUUUGAUAGGCUAGGUGAAAGUUUCACCAUAUUGCAUAUACAAAUUGAAUCCUCACAGAUCUGCACAAGAGCAUUAGGUGAAGGUUCUAGGGGUCCAUUUAGGAUUGGGCCGACACCUGCCUAUGGUUUACAAUGGACUCCAUGGGGACAUAGGGCUCCCUGUUUUAAAUGUCUCAUUUUCUAUUCAAAUAUGUUUUUAUUGUUUGAUGUUUAUUGCCCUUUGUGUAAUAAGUGUGAAUUGUGAACGAAUAAACACCAUUUUAAAAUA